AUGUCUCUCGCUCCCAUCCUCGCUGCUCGCGGUGUCGAGUCCUUCCCCGGCACCUGCAAGAUUGACAUCUCGGCCAAGAUCGAGGGCUGUGGUGCCGGUGUCGAGAUCAUCAUUGGCGGCGGCAACUACCACGUCGAGCCCAAGCCCGACUACAUCUACAUCACCCCCACCAAGCCUGGUGAGGGCGACGGCGGCGUCCCCCCCGUCGUCAAGCCUCCCGUCGUUAAGCCUCCCGUCGUCAAGCCCCCCACCGUCCCCACUUACCCCGUCGUGCCUACUGCCCCCACGGUGCCUACCGUUCCCGUCGUCCCCACUUACCCCGUCGUCCCCACGGCCCCGACCGUCCCCACUGUGCCUACUACCCCCGGCGGUGGCAACAACGGCGGCUACCCUGAGGGCGGUGACAACGGUGGUGACAACGGUGGUGACAACGGCGGCGAGCAGCCCGAGGUCUGCCGCAAGCCCACUCUCUCCCUGAACCUUCUCGACCUCGUCGACCUCGACCUCUUCACUGGCGAGGACAUCACUGUGCUCGCCGACAUCCUCGGCCUCGACCUCAACCUUCUCAUCGGCGGCACUCUCGGCGACGUUCUCGGCGGCCUCGUCGACGACCUCGGCAACACCCUCGGCAACCUCCUCGGCGGCCUGCUCGGCAGCAAGAAGGACAGCAAGGACGCCGACGCCGCCCGCGAGAGCGUCCGCUCCGACUUUGACCGCCAGUUCGACGUCAAGUGCGGCCAGACCAUCCAGAGCCCCGACGCCACCGAGACCACCGCCGACGACCUCAACGACUGCCUGGCCCGCUGCGAGGCCGAGGCCCUCCGGCUGACCAUUGACCUCGGCGAGAUCUACGACUGCGCCGGCGUCUCCCUGAAGCGCGGCGUCGAGGUCGACAACUGCCUCUUCAUCGCCGACAAGAAGAUCCUCGACCUCGACCUCAACCUCGGCACCGACCCCAGCGCUGACUCCCUCCUCAGCGGCCUCCUCGGUUAA